AGUGAGAAAAAACGAUUGAGCAGUGAAAAAUGGAAGCAGGGAGCGAGAAAGACUCUCCUCCAAUGGGUGACAAAUGCAUUGCCAAAAGAAAUGGGAAUAACUGUUCGCGAUUUCGGUGAGAGUUGGAGAGAUGGAAAUGCUUUCUUGGGAAUAAUUGAUGCGAUAAAAAAGAAUCUUGUCAAUAUUGCGGGAAUGAGAGGUGCGACAAAUCGCAGUCGUUUGGAGACGGCAUUCAAUGUUGCUGAGGAGAAAUUGGGAAUCGCACGUCUUCUGGAUCCUGAGGACGUUGAUGUACCUCAGCCAGAUGAAAAAUCAAUUAUGACAUACGUUGCACAAUUUUUGCACAAAUAUCCAGAGCCGAGGUCGUAUGAUAAUGAUUCGUUUGCUACUGUUCAGCAAGAGUAUGAUGGUCUUCUUACUUGGCUCAAUGAACGCAUCAAAAUGCUUGAGCAAUUUGAGAGGACACACUCAUUUCCUUCUAAUUACGCUUGACAGCUGCUGAAAAUUUAAUCAGCGACAGGAGAAUCGAUAACAGACAGAGUGUUGAUAAUCACAAGGAUUUCUUUGGAAAAGUCAAUGAGCGAUGGAUUCAGGAUCUCAUCAAUGCUGGACAAGAUCUCAGGAAUGCAUUACCAUCUGAUCAGCAGAGACCGAUCAUCGAUGCUGUUGAUGGACUGCAGCAGCGAUGGCGUGACGUUCUGGCUUUUGCACCACUUCAUCUGAUGAGACUCGAAUUUCGCCUGGAUGAGACAACAUUUUUGCAAUACCUCAAGGACAUUGAGAUGGAAAUUAAUUCAGAGCAGCAGGCGUUGAUCAAGAACGAGAAUGUUGACACGAUUCUUGGAAGGAAUGACGAGUUCUUCGUGAAGAGGGGAGUCAUCGGUGAGGUGCAGAAGAAUUUACAGAGCUUGAAGAAAAUUAGUAUUGCUUACAGCCAGAUUAAGCCUGAUGACAAAACACUCCAGGAGGCUGUGGCACAGGCUGAGCAGAUGUGGGAGGAUUCAGCUCAGAGGAUUGAGACACUCAGGGAGCAGUUGAAGCAAGUCCCUGAGCAAUGGGCCACUUACAGGAAUAAGUUCGAGGAAAUGGUGAGAUGGAUGGAUCACGUUGAUGGCAUUAUCCGAACAAUUCUCAAAGAAGUCAAUUCUCUGGAGGAAUUCCAGAAAGAACGAACUGUCUUCCAGAAUGUGUGCCAUGAGGCUGACAGCAAGCGAGAAGAGAUGAAGUGGUUGGUCCAGACGCUGGACAGUCUGACGACGAAUCGUUCUGAUCAUGAAGCCCUGAGUGAACAACGACAGCUUGAACAAUUGAUAACGCGUUACAAGAACUUGAUACCAACCAUUGAGAUAACAAUGACGAAGACCGACAUCUACACGAAGAGUUACACUUAUCGUAAAGAGGUGCACGAGGUUUGCACACUCCUUGAGAAAGUUAGGAGAGAAUUUACGGUGGAGAGUCCAGAGGUGCCAGCAGAAGGGGAGAAAGCUGCUGAGAUUCUGAAGGAAGCUGUGAGCAAUCAUGAGAGUCGAUUGAGUCAAUUGGAGACCCAGAGGGCGAAUAUUGUGAGUAUGCUGCAACGUGGAAAGGAUUUGCUGAAGGAUCAGCACGCACCCCCAUUCGUCUCAUCCGAGAUUCAACAGCUGGAGUCGAGCUGGAAUGACACUUAUGGCCAGAGUGUCGACACCCUGAAGACCCUGAAGACCUCGCAGAAGCUGUGGGAGGCGUAUGAGCAGCAGAAAGAAGAAAUAACCAAGCUAAUGAGAGAAGCUAAUGAGGAAUUACAGAAGAUCAAGAGCAUGAGCUUCCGGGACGCACAAAGAGUCGCUUCCAAUAUUCAAUUCCAGAAGGAAUUUUUUUCGAACUUGAAGAGAUCAUCCGGGGAAAUAAUCUCCAAAUUGAAGGACACGGAGGAAAAAAUACGGGACAUCAAUCCUGGGGAGAUUACGAUCACGAUCAGGGAGGAGAUCACGAAGAUCGAGAAGAUCGUGCACACGACUAUUGAGAAAGUGGAGAAACGUGUGACUCAUUUGGAAAAACAGGGGGUGAAAUGGUCAAAGGUGCAGAAUGAGAUGAUGGAGUUGAAGAAUUGGGCGCAGCAGAAUGCACCACAGGCUAUUGCCACAGUCCAGGAUGCGUCAACAACACCAGAGGAGAGAGUACGAAAAACGGAAAUACUGCAGAAGCAAAUCUCUGAUAAAAUUGAGAACCUGAAGACUCUGGAGGAGGAAUCAAAGGAAUUGAUUACAGAAGAACAAGCUGUCGACUCGAAGCUCCUGAAGACCGAGAUAAUCGAGCUGGAGAAGUCUUUGCAGGCCCUGAACGACAGGAUUUCCCAUCAACGUGACGAUGCCACGAAGAAUCUUGCCACCUGGAAGCAGUACGAAGUGAAGAUUGAGAAAGUCAAGCCCUGGAUUGACCAAGCGGAGUGUCAAGUUGCGACAAUCGGUGUAAAACCAUCGAGUCUUCCUCAGGCAUUCGAGAUGAUGCAGACAGCGAGAGCCUUUGAGCGCCAGUGCCAACAGCAUUUGCCACAUAUUCAGGAUUUAUCUCAGGUGAGUCAGCAGAUCGAGGGGAGGACUGUAGCUCCUGAUGAAGUUGAUGCUGUUUACACACGGUGGAAUGCAGUCCACGACAUCUCCGUCCAGACAACCAACAAGUUGGAUAAAUUGGUGACAUCGUGGACGAAUUUUGAGAAGGAUCUUGGGGAUUUUGAUAGUUGGCUGAUCAAGAGUGAGAGAUUAGCUGAGACUCAGCCCAAUGUUCAGACCCCAGAGCCAGUCAAAUUGGAGAAGGAUUUGAAUCGUUUGAAGGUGUUUAAUAAAGAGAUCUCUGAUCAUCAGGCACAGCUCAUUGGUAUCACUCAGGUGUCUGAUCAUAUCAGGCACGGGGUCACGGUCGAGGGUGGAAUUAUUCUCAAGACUCGUGUCUCCGAAAUGAAGGGAAGAGUGGGAAAAUUAGCUGAUAAUGUCAGACAGCAGAUUAAUCUGGUGUCAGAUGCACUUCUCGCACGUCAGGAGUUUCACAUUAAAAUUUCCGAUUUUGAGAAUUGGAUGACGCAGUCGAGGGCUAAUAUCACGGAGGUCAGUGAUGUCAGUGUUGAUAAUGUUGAUAGGAAUCUUCAAGCACUCCACGGAUAUCUUCAGGAGCAUCGGGAGAAGCAGAUGAUUUUUGGUGGGAUUUAUGAUGAAGUUAAAAGACUCUCUGCUCAGGGUACACCUCAGGAGGCACAAGCUCUCAACGAAAUCUACACCGAUUUGGCUUCCAGGUACAAGGCCCUGGAGGAUGAUGUCCAGAAGAGGAAGAAGGGACUGGAGAAGUGGGGAGAGCUUCUCAACUGGUACAACGAGACGAGCGCACAAUUGAGCCACACCAACUACCAAUUGGAAAACAGAAAACCGACGGUUGAGGAUUUGGAUAAAUUGUCGAUUGAGAUUCAGAGGGUAAAUGAUAAAAUUGAAUCCUGGAAGGUGCAAAUCCCUGCUGUUGAUGAUACCAUGGGAAUCAGGAUGAGGGACAAGCAGGGAAAGUCUCUGACAGCUGCCAAUCUCGUUCACGAAUUGGAGAACAAAACAUUAGCUUUGAAAACAGAAAUAUCGACAAAGCGGGAUAAACUCGAGAGUUUGGGUGCGCGUUGGGAGAAUUUCCGACAGCUCCAUGGAAAAUUAACUGAAGAAAUAGUAACGACUCAGUCAUCGUUGCAGGAAAUAACGAUGAGCGUGAAGACUUGUGAGGAAUUGUCAGCAGCAGUGGAGAAGAUCGAUGACUUGAUCGAAGAUCAUCAGCGAAGAGAGUCGGACAAGAACACCCUCCACCGAGAGGGCAAUAAUCUGAUCAAAGAGGAUCAGAAAGCCAUGACAAAUGUCCAAGUGGUUGUCUCCUCGGUCGACGCUAAUUGGGAUAAAGUUAACGAUUUGUUGAAGGAGCAGAGAAAAAAAUACUCAGAGAUGGAGAUUAAUUGGAGGAGUUACCAGGAAUCCAGACAGAAGCUCGUGAAGUUCAUGGAGGACUCGAAGAAUCUUCAGUCAGCCCUCCAGGAUGUACCGAAUGACGUGACCCAGGCGAACGUUGCACUUGAAAAACACAAGCGAGCCUCUGAAGUUCUGAAGAAGGGAAAGCAAUUCCUGGAGAAGAUGGAGCAGAAGGCAGCGCAAAUUAUUAAGGAAGCGUCACUGAUGUCAAUGUUCAAGGGGAAAAUAAUAGAGACCGAUCUGUCCAAGAUGAGGACCGAGUACCAGGAGAUCUACACAAAGAUCAUGGAGAGGACUCAGUCACUGGAGACACAGGUGAUCAUCUGGAAACAGAUUGAAGAGUCCAAGUACGAAUUGACCCGGUGGUUGGGUAAUACCAAUGAAGCAUUGACGUCGGCUUACGAACGUCUGACUGACGCUGAGAAUGGACAGGUAAGAUUGACUCGCUAUCGAGAGGAAUUGCCCACCUAUCAGCUGCUGCAUGAGGGAAUAGCCGACAAAACGGAGCAGAUAAUCAAGAUCAAUGACAACGCAUCGAUGCCAACCCUGGAAUCGCUGAACAAAGUCCUGGAUGAGCAGUUCAGAGUUGUCCAGGAGUCGGCGGAUAGACUGGCGUCUCUCACCUCGAGUCUCACAGAGAAAGAAAAAGGAAUCAAGCAAAAUCUGAAGAGAUCGAGCGAUCAGAUCUCGAAAAUUCGUGAAGAAAUCAUAAAGUGCGACGAUUUGACCGGUGAGAACACCAGAAUUUUGGUGAGAAUAAAUAAAUGCCAGCAGUUGAAGAAGGAACUCGAGGAUUGCGACGGAGAUCUUCAGGCUAUUCACCAGGAUAUAGCAGCUGCUUCGGACAGCUAUCCGGCAAUUCGUCACUCAACUCUACCCAAAGAAUUGGAAUCGAUUCAGGAACGUCGAAGAGGUGUCGUCAGUCAUGCUGAUAAGGUAUCUGCGACGCUAGUCGCCUUCCUCACGAAAGUCUAUCACGAGAAAUUCAGUGGGUUCCAGCGAAUGGUAGCAACCCACAAGGAGAAAGUCAUGUGGUGCGUACCAGAGCAGAACAGCGAUAAAUACAAUCUAGAGGUGAAGAUGACGUCGUUAAUUGAUGUGGAAAGUGGAAUAAGAGAGUGUAAGGCUCGAAAAAUCGAGACAGACAAGUCCUUGGGGCUUCUGAAGACUGUGGAAACACCCGAGACGAUUGCUGCACUCACGGCUGAAAGGGAUAAUGUCGCGAAGGAUCUGGAGUCCCUGGAGGAUGAUUACGCGAGGAUAAAAGGAAUUCUUAACAAGAAUAUCGAAUUGUGGCAGCGCUAUGAGACAACGUCGGAGAAUAUUUCCUCCUGGCUCAAAGAAACCGAGGGUAAAAUUAGAAUCGAGGGCUCUGGUCUCAUCGAAUUGCCCCACAUCGAGGAAAAAAUCAGAGAGAUUGAGAAUUAUAUGGAAGCUGUUAAUGAAUUCGAGAAGGAGAUGAAGGAUUUAUCAGCGAUCGGUGAUGAAAUCGUUGAGGCCAGUCCAGAGUCUCGAGUUGGUCAAUACGUGGGUCAUCUGUCCUCUCGGUAUCAAGCGAUUAAAAAAUUUCUGAUUCAGCAUUUGGAAAAAUUGAGAGAAUUGAAAGAUGGGAGAGAUCUGUAUCAGUCCCACGUUCAAGAUCUCGAGACCUGGAUUCAAGAUGCUGAGGGGAAGCUGAAGAAUUUGGACGGUGCGACUGGUCCCAAGCCGAUCACCUUUUAUCAGGCGCGUCUCAUGGAGCUGAAGGCCUUCAGGGAAGACCGUGAGAAAGGACAGGGGAUUUUGAACAGGAUCGCUGAAGCUGGUGAGGCUUUGUUCCCCAAGAUCACUCCUGAUCAGAGAGAAGCCCUCAGGGCUGAGCUCAGAAAUCUCAGGAGCAGAGUCGACGCUGUGGGUGACUGGUCCAAUGGCAUUUACAAGAAAAUCGAGAAUGACAUGAUGCACAGGUCCUCGUUCGAGGACAAAUACUCUCAAGUCAAGCAGUGGCUCUCUGAUACACGUGAAAAAAUCGGUGACAAGCAGGAUCUGCUGCCAACACUCCAGGAUAAGAAACUCGUGCUGCACUCGUACAGGGCAACAUCACAAGACGUGAGCGUUCAUAAAAAUAUUCUUCAGCAGCUGUCGUCGCGUUUGGAAGAAGUGGCUGACGACGAGGCGAGCGAAAUGCUUGGGAAUAUAAUCGAGGGUUACGAAGAACUAGCUCGGAAUAUCGAGGAUCGAAUUAAUGUGGCUGAAAAACAUGUUGCUAAUCACGAGGCUUAUCUCCAGACAUUUGAUAAAACUAGGGACUGGAUUAAUUCGGUUAUAAAUGAAUUCUCACAUCUUGGUGAGGACAGCGCCGUGGAGAGAGAGUCAGCCAGAGCGAAGAUCAAUCAGAUUCAGAAUAUAUUGGCCCAGAAACCUGAGGCUGAGCGAAUCCUAGAGGACUGCAAUCAACAGUUGAAUAUCAUCCUCGAGCAGACGUCGAUUGCUGGCCAUCCAGCUCUCUCAAAAGCCUACGAGGCCCAGAAGAAGUCCUGGGAGAGCUUUCUGGCUCAACUGGAAGCGACGAAAGCUAGACUCAAUGCUUUAUUCAAUCAGUGGACGGAAUUUGAGAAGAUCGUUGAAGAUUUGGAGUGUUGGACGAAGCAGAUGGAGUCGAGGGUGAAAGAUCAGACGCUGAAGAGCAGUGAAGAAACCAAAAGAAAUUACCUCGUAAAAUUGCAGAGUCUCGAGGAGGAGAUCUCUGCCAAAAGUGGUGACUUCAAUGCAGCUGUUGAACGGAGUCAGGGCAUCGAGGCUGACUCUGAUCUUGCGACGAGACUCUCACGACAGUCAACACGCUAUCAGGCAAUCAGGAAUCAAGCGAGAGAAGCUGUCGCCAGGUACGAGCAGUAUGUCAGGGAACACAGCAUUUUUAAUGAACGUUACAAUGAGUUCUUGAAGUGGAUCAACCAAGUGCAUGAUGAAUUGGGAAAACAUCGGGAGAUCGUUGGUGAUCUGGCUGCUCUUCAGAAUCGUCAGAAGUCCAUUCGAGAUUUGGCGGACACCAGAACCAAGGAGAAUCCAAAAUUCGAGUCUGUGAUCGAUCUCGGUGAGAAAUUGUACGCCCACACGUCACCCGAUGGCCGGGAAAUAAUUCGCCAGCAGUUGAGGGACUUGAGGGCACGUUGGGAUGGAUUCACAGAGGAUCUGCAAUCGUCGUCACAAAAGCUGGAUCAGUGUCUCACGCAAUUCGCAGAAUUUUCCAUGUCCCAGGAGCAAUUGACGUCUUGGUUGAAGGAUGUGGAGCGGACAAUGCAUCAGCACACAGAAUUGAAGUCAACACUCGAGGAGAAACGGGCGCAAUUGCAGAAUCAUCGAAUAAUGCAUCAGGAGAUCAUGUCUUAUCAGAAUCUGAUGGAAUCGGUAUGUGAUAAGGCGCAGAGACUGGUUGAUCAGACCCAGGACACGUCUCUGAAUGUUUAUAUUCAAUCGAUAAAGCAAUUGUUUCAUAAUAUUGUUGUGAAGUCACAAGAUCUACUUCAGAAUCUCGAGGAUUGCACGGAGAAGCACAACAAAUUCAAUCUCCAGUGUAAGACCUUGGAGGACUGGUUGAAUUUAGAACGAGAGAAACUCGUCGACUGCAACGAUAUCACGGGAGAGCGGGCAGAUAUCUCGAGGAGAAUAGCAACAAUAUCGGUCUUGAAGAGUGGACAAUCUCAAGGAUUUGAUCAUCUUCAGAAGUUGAAGGAAUUAUCGAAUGUUGUUUUGUCAACGACAGCAAGCAAAGGCCAUCCAGCGAUUAUCAAAGAGGUCGAUGCCUUGGAGACUGCUCUUCAGCAGCAUCUCAAUGAAAUCUCAGGGGUUGAAGCCAAACAAAAUUCUGCUCUCCAGAAGUGGCAUGACUUUGAGAAUCAACUGGACUCACAUAACAAGUGGUUCAGAGUGAUGGAAGCUGCGUUCAGAGAUCAACAGCUGCAAUCAACUCUGAAGGACAAAGAGUGCCACCUCCAGGGGUUCAAGGAGAAGAGAGAGACAAUAGUAAAACGAGAGAAAGAUAUCGACGAAUUCAUAGAUAAAUCUCACGGAUUAUUGAACUCGAGUGGUGUAGGCAGGAUAAAGCCAUCGAUUUCCCAAAUCAGUAAUCGAUAUCAGCAGCUUUUGGUGUUGAGUAAAGAAGUGGUGGAUCGCUGUCAGAAUAUUGUUGAUGAGCACAGGGGAUUCGAUGAGAGGCUGAAGUCUGUGGAGGCCUGGUUAACGCCAUUGGAGGAUAAUCUGUCGUCUCUCAAGGCUGAGGAAAUUGGUGGGGACCUGGAGGCGAAGAGCAGUCGCUUGAAGAUGUUGUUGAGUGAGAGAGAGCAGGCAGAGUCCAAGAUUGCAUCCCUAAAUUCAGCUGGUGACAGGAUUCUACCCACCACCUCGUCACAGGGGCGUGAAUACAUCAGACACGAGUUGAGGAAGAUCAGGGAGAGAUGGGAUAGACUUGACGAGGAUAUUGUAACUCAGCAGAAGAAACAGGAUGCACAGACGAUGCAGUGGUCCAGCUAUCAGGAGACUCUACAGCAGAUUCUCGUCUGGUUGGAGAAUACUGAGAGGUCUUUGAAGCAGGAUGCAUCGAUGGCGUGGUCUACUCUUCCUGAAGUUAGAUCGAAGCUGGUGAAGAGCAAGAGUCUCCAUCAGGAGAUAGUGGCGCACAAGAGAAUCAUUGAGGCUGUCUCCGAGAAGGCAAAUGCUCUACCCCAGACCUCCCAAAAUCAACCAGAUAUAAUGGCGACUGUGGCUGCUGUGUCCAAGAGGUACACUGAAUUGGUAGCUUCUUCGAAUGAAGCGAUUAAGAAUCUCGAGAAGCUUCUGGAGAUCUUCCAGCAAUUCCAUGAUCUGCAGAAAGCGUAUCAAGAUUAUCAGAAACAGUUGUGGGACAGGCUUGGGAGUUAUACCGAUUACACUGGGAACAAAGCUGCUCUUCAGGCCAGGCUGGUGAAGGUCAUCGAGAUUCAGGAUGGCCAGAGCGAGGGCGAGCACAAGCUCACGGUUCUCGAAGAACACGUCAAGAUUAAUGCAUCGACUCUUCCACCGAGAUCUCAAGAAUCUAUGGAGAGAGAUGUCUCCAAUUUGAGAUUUGAGAACAAGAAGUUUACGACUGCUGUGAACGAUGUGGUGCGUCGUCUGGAGGAGAGAAUUCAGUCGUGGAAUGAGUACGAAAAUUCUCUGGAGAGGCUUUUGGCUUGGCUGUCAGAGGCUGAGGCCAUCCUGAAGAAUUACUCGCUGAAGAAUACGUUGGAGGAAAAACAGGAGCAAUUGGAAAAGUACCAGGAAUUACGAAAGACUGCUGAAGCACGGGGAGGAGAAGUGACCGAGCUGAUGUCACACUGUGAUCAAUUGGAGCAAUCUCUGUUGGCUAAUCUCCGGAGUCACGAGGCAGAAUUCGACAAAAUGAGUGAUGACUCUUCAGAAUUGAUAGAAUCCAGUAACGAGACGAGAUUCUCCUCGAACGUCCAACAAAUAACAUCAAGAUUCCAGUCGAUCCAAGGGACCACAAAAGAACUAGUCAAAAAAUGUGAACAGGCAACACAAGAUCACCUGAUGUACCUCGAGCGGUACAAGCAGUGCACCGACUGGCUGACAGCAUCGCAGUCCCACUAUCAAUCCACAUCAGACAUCUCAACAGCUGACAAACAAGAAUUGAUAGCCCACGGUGAUAUCCUGAGGAAUCUUCUAUCUCGCAUUGCAGCUGGUACCCUCCUAGUUAACAAUGCAGUCGAAGCAGGAGAGCAUUUGUACCCAACAACCGGCUCCGACGGUCGGGAGAUCAUCCGCCAGCAGCUGCUGGAUCUCCAAAAAGCCCUGGAGACUCUUCACGACGGCGUAACAUCCACCGAACGCGAUAUUCAAGUGAAGAUAUCGAGAUGGUUGGGCUUCGACGAGUGCAGCGAAAGCCUCGACAAUUGGCUGUCAAAUUUGGAGAAGCAGAUCAAACCGGAAAUUGAAUUGAGAACAACUCUGGAUGAGAAACGAAUUCAGCUUCAAGUUUAUCGAGACUCUCUUCACUCUAUUCAGGCCCGUCAGGAGGGUCUGUUCGCCCUCAGAGAUAAAGCUGCCAAUUUGCCAGAUAUGACAGAGAGAAUUGAUAAAGUUCUCAAUAACUUGACGCAGAGGCAUGCCGCAUUGCUGAAGAGGGUGCAGGCAUUUGUGGUGAAAUACGAAGGCAUUGUCCGUGAUCAUCAGCAGUACAGCGAAGCUGUCAUGGAGACUCAUCAGUGGCUGGAUGCAACUCACAACGCCGUCAAUCUCUGGGGAGAUAUUAAGCUAGAGAGAGUUUCACUUCAUACGAAUCUAGACAGACUGAAGAACCUUCUUCAGGGGCUUCCAGAAGAGGAGCCGUGGAUUCAUCAGAUUGAAAAAUUAGGGGAGAGAGUGAUACCAGGGACUUUGGAGUCUGGCCAAGUGAAUAUCAGAUCACAAAUUGAUUCCUCCCACCAGGAAUGGCAGAGUCUAGUAUCCGCGAUAAAAUCGACAAUCGAUACUCUCGAAAUGAAACUUCAGCAGUGGAAUGAAUUUGAAUUGCUGAAGGAGAAGUGUUUGGAUUGGAUCCAAAAUACUGACACCAAGCUACACGCCAUUGAUCUCAAAUCGAAUUUAUCUGAGAAGAAGGAACAGCUGGAGAAGUUACGGGCUCUUCAGGGUGAAGUCCGAGCUAAAGAAUUGGAGAUUGACGCUGUGACGGAGAGAGCGCAGCAAUUGAAUAAGAAUUUGACGUCUCGCUCGUCGAAUAUCUCGGAAUUGGGCAUCAAGUAUCACCAGAUCAACAGCAAAGUCAAGGAAUUGAAUAAUCGCUGGCAGCAGUAUGUGGCGAAUCACCAGGACUUUGACAAUCAGAUAGCAGCUUGUAUGGGCUGGUUAGAAGGAAUCCGUGAAAAACUCGCCUACUGCUCGGACCUCGGGGCUUCAUCUAGAAAAGACCUGGAGAGCAAAAUGGAGAUGAUCCAGGGACUUCUGCUGUACAAAGAGGAUGGAUUCGCCAAAAUCCAAGGUAUCAUCGAGCUAGCACAAUCAGUACUCGCUAAUACAGCACCUGGUGGUCACACUGCGAUCAAUGAAGCGGUGUCGAAGCUGCAGGAGCAGUGGAGCUCGUUGGCCUCGAAGAUGCUGGAAACGAAAACGAAUCUCGAUGAUUCGAUUAAUAAAUGGACAGGACUCCUCGCGCAGAUUCAAUCUGUAACUAAAACUGUGGAUUACAUGAAGAGUUCUUUGGAUGAAGUUCUGCCGUUCCAGACGACGAUGUCGGAAAAACGCGGACAAUUGGAGAGAAUCAAGGCUCUGGAGGAGAAGGUGAGAUGCGAAAAUAUCGAAGUCGAUGGCUUGAAGGCGAAAGUCGGGGAGAUGAUUGCCAGUGGUGUUCAGGGUGCAGCGGCAUCUCAGGCUCAAGCAACUCUCAAUAAAUUCGAUCAGCUGUUCGAACAGAUAAAGUCUCUACUGGCUGAGCGUGAGGAUCAGUACAAGGAUCACAAGAUUUAUAAAGAAUCGUACGAUGAUUUGAUCGCUUGGUUGUGCCGCGCCAGAGAGAAGAUCCCAUCGAUGAAGCAAAAGACCUUGAGCGAUAAACUUGCCAUUGAGAAUGCUGUUGCACCUCUGGAGAGUCUUCUUAAUAAAAAGGCACAGGGUGAGCUCCUUGUCGAGCAACUCCAGAAUACUGGUGAAGUCGUUUGCGCCAGCACUAGUUCACAGGGUCAAACGAUAAUCAGAAAUGAGAUUAGGGCGAUGGCCGAGUGCUUUGAGACGAUGUUCAAGGAGAUUCAGCAGCAGAAGGAUCAGCUGGAGGAGACAGUGAAUCAGUGGCGAGAGUACAAGGAUGAAUACGAACGUCUGAGUGAUUGGCUUCAGCAGUAUGACAUUCUGAUCAAGGCCCAGAAGAAUGCACUCUUGCCUGAUAUCGAGGAGAAGGCGAAACAGGUGCAGGAAGUGCAUGACAUCCUGGAGAACUUGGUGAAAGGUCAGGAGCAGAUCGACAAGUUCAACAAGACAGCGUCAGCACUUUUGUCCUCUCACUUGGAUACUUACGUCAAUAAUCAAUUGAGACACUUGAACUCUCGUUAUCAAGUUCUUGUCAAUCUUGCGAGAGACGUUCUGAACAAAGUGGAGACUAAUUUAACACAGCACCAGGAGUACGAGUCGAACCUGGGGAAGGCUCGUGAAUGGAUUGAUCAUGCCAAACAGAUUAUUCGACAAGGAACUGAGGCAGCCUCCACCAGCAGUCGUGAUGAGCUACAAGAGAGACUGGACAAGAUCCAGGAUUUAUUGAAAAAACGAGAAGAUGGACAGAAUCUCGUGCAUUUGACCGUCAAUUGCGGUGAGAAGGUAGCGAGGAAUACGAGGUCUGAUGGACGUGAGGAGAUAAAUGCGCAAUUGAAAGAGAUUCAGAAUGACUGGGAGCGACUGGUUAAGAAAAUUUCAACAACAAAAGUUCACUUGGAGACGAGUCUUCUCCAGUGGGCGGACUACAGCUCGUCGUACUCCCAGCUCCAGCAGUGGAUCAACGACAGGGAAGCUAAACUCCAGCAAGUCUGUGAGCAGAAGGUAUCGAAGGCCAAGAAGGGUCUGGUUGGAUUGAACUCGCUGGCAAUCGGCGAGCGAAAGGCUAAUUUGAGACAGACGAAUAGUAUUGUUCAGGACAUCGUAGCGUUUGAACCGAUGAUUCAAUCUGUAACGACUAAGGCUGAGGAUCUUCAGCAGGCGACACCAGCCACUGAGAUAUCCAUCAAAUACGAAACACUCAGCAAGCACGCCCAGGAGCUGUAUGCCAAACAGAAAGAGACUGUUGAACAGCAUCAAGCAUUUGUCGAUAGUGGAAAUGAAUUUGUACAGUGGCUCAGAAUUGCCAAAGAAAGACUUGGUAAAUGUUCAGAACCCACUGGAGACAAGGAGUCUCUCUCCAGCAAGAUCACUCAACUCAAGGUUCUUCAGAGUGAACUUCCCGAGGGACAGCGAAAGCUGGAGAAAGCGCUAGAGUGUGGUAAUGCCGCUUGUCAAAUUGCUGAUGCUGAAGACAAAGAGAUUAUCGAGGAAGAAGUGGCUAUAUUGCAGGAAGAAUACGAUAAUUACGUCGAUGCUUUGAAUAAUGCAAAGGGUUUACUCGAGAUUGGUAUUGUCAAGUGGACAGAGUACGAGGAUCAGUAUUCUGAGUCACUGGAGUGGCUCACGCAGACAGAGCAAUUGGUUCAGCCGUUCAAUAAACUCCAGGAUAGUCUGGAAGAGAAGAAGAAUGUUCUUGAGCAGUUUCAGAUACAUCUCCAGACGUUGUUCGACUGGCAGAAGGAAUUGGACAGGCUCAACAUGAAGGCGCAGAUCCUUCUGGAAACUUGUGCUGAUACCAGGAUAUCAAAUCAAGUUACUCAGCUCACGACUAAAUACAACGCUCUGUUGUCACUCGCGAAGGAGAUAAUGCGACGAUUGGAGUUGCAUUAUCAGGAGCAUCAGCAGCAUAAUACGCUUUAUCAGGAGUGUCAGGACUGGAUAGACAGAACUCGGGAGAAGUUAGGGGAUUGUCAAUUGAUACCCUCGACGAUUGAUGAGGUCAAUAAUAAAUUGAACAGCUGCAAGGCCAUUCGUCAGACCCUGGAGCAAGGCCAGAACAAGCUGAGGUACGCUCUGGAGCUCAAGGAGAAGGUGAUAAUGAAUACCGAGCAGAAUGGGGCGGCGAAGCUUCAGGAAGACACUGACAAUCUCAGAGCUGAUUUUGAGAAGCUCAUGAUUGAUGUGGAGGUGGCACGACAGAAGCUGUCGAUCAGGGCAACUGCUCUUGAAGAACUCGGUAAGCUUCAUCGACUCAUUGCUGAUUGGAUCGAUGAGGCUGAGGGCAAGAUCAGGCCUGAGGAGACUUCCAAGAAUGAUUUGAGUGAGAAGAGAGCUCUGCUCGAGAAGUACAAGACAGUUCAGAGGGACAUGCAAGUACAGGCGGGGACAAUCGAUAAAUUGAAGUCGAAGUUGAGUGAAGAUGCGAGUAUCACGAGGGGACCCUACGACGCGACGAUCUCCAAGUACGAGGAUAUCCGUAAAUUAGUCAGUGAUAAGAUAACAACUCUGGAGGAUCAGGUGAACGAGCACGAGAGGUUUCAACGAGCGCAGAACGCAGCGUCAGAUUGGGUCAGGAAAAUGAGAGUUGAUGCACAACAAUUCAGCAUGACUCACGGUGAGAAGGAAAAGCUCAUCGAGCGAGAGAGAAAAAUAAACGAGAUCAUACAGUCAUUGCCGGAGGGAGAGUCCCUGAUUUCGAAAGUAGUGGAUCUCCAUGAAUCGGUGAUUCGUUCAACAGGACCCGAGGGUCAGGACAGUAUCAGACAGGAAGUCAGACAGCUGCAGCUUGAUUGGAAGUCCCUGAAGUCGCAGUGUGAAGAGUCCCAGAAGACACUGGCAAAUUGCAUAUCCAUGUGGUCACAAUUCAAUGCAGCAACUGACAGUAUGAAGUCCUGGCUUGAUCAAUUCCAGGUUAAGGUCAACGGUGAGCAAACACGCGAGAACAAAACUCCUGAGGAUCUUGACAGAUGCAAGCAGCUGGUGGAGGAGGCGAUUCGACAGAAGCCAGUGCUCGAGGAGUUGAAUGACAAGUGUGAGGCACUUCUUGAGAUAUCGGCGUGCAGCUGGGCCAGGGAAAAAACAGUUCAACUGCAAUCGAUGUACACAGCUGUUCUCAAUGAGGCCCAGGGUCUUGUGUCGAGAGUCGAGAAGAACUUGUCGGAUCACACGGAAUUCAUCAAAGCGAAAAAAGAAAUGGAGGAUUGGCUUUUGACUGCUCAUGGCUCUGUCCAGGAUUGCGCUGGUGUUGGAGAUCUUGAUUGGGCGCGUGAUAAAAUCGAAACAACUCGAGUCGUUGCAACGAGAAUCACCGAAGGACAGCAUCUGCUGUCGACACUUCAGAAUGCCUUUGCUAAGGCCAUCAAUACUGCAUUACCUGAACAGCAGGAUCAACUCAGAAUGGAUAUGGCUGCCAUGAGAUCCAGUUGGGAGCAGUUGAGUAUGGAUCUCAAUACAAUUCAGGCACAAGUAAAAUCAAUUUUGACAAGGUGGGAGGAUCACGGUGAUGCUUAUGAGAGAUUUGACAAGUGGCUGCGAGAUACUGAACACACGAUUGAGGGACUUCCUGAUACUAAAGGAGAAAUCGGGGAGAUGAAAACACUUUGCGAGCGUUAUCGACACAUUCAGGAGGAAGUGAAGGUGAAGAAAGCGGAUUUGGAUCGGCUGUUGGAGGAGUCGGUGGAGUUGUCGUCGUGGGCAAGGGAGAAGACAACCGAAGAGAGGGCAAAGGAACUCGCUACUCGAUGGGAGUCCCUGAGAGAACUCGUGGACCAGCAGAAAGCACUCGUGGAAAAUGAAAUCAGGGAGUACAAUUCCUACCACAGCGCACUCCAGGAAACGGAGAAAUGGCUGCUCCAGGUGUCCUUCCAGCUGAUGGCUCACAACUCCCUGUACAUCACCAGCAAAGAGCAAACACUGUCUCAGAUUAAACAGCAUCAGACUCUUCUGGAGGAGAUCAACAAGUACCAGCAUAAUUUGGAUGAUCUAAAAGCUGAAGGACAGGGACAAAUCGAUCGUUAUGUAUCUGUUAAUCCUGGAAUUGAAUCCACGAUUCGGACGCAAUUACAAAAUGUCCAGGAUAGUUACAAUUCUCUCCUCAAUACUGCUCUGCAGAUUAAAAAUCGACUGGACGAGUCUCUCGGUAAAUUCGAGGAUUACGAGAGAACUUUGGAGAGCAUCAUGAAAAAUCUUGAUGCUUACGAGCCGAUUAUGAGUGCCCAGUUGGAGACAUCACUGGACACCCUGGAGACUGCUGAAGAAAACCUGGAGAGGGCUAGAACUCUUCACAAUAAACUUCAGGCUGAGAAGGCAAGACUUGCUGUUGCAAUUGAAGCCUGUGAAGCUGCUGCUGCAUGUGUGUCAAGACCUGGGAGUCCUCUGGAUGCUCCACCGGUACAGAUACCGCAGAGGGAAAUCGAAGUGAGAAAUCGACUCGAGGAUUUCAUCGAUCAGAAACAUAAUCAGAGUACUGCUGGAAGGCUGAAGGUACUCUUGAAUGAUGUCGAGAAAAAAGGCUUUUUAACGAAACUUAAUGACAUGUGCGAAAAGAUGCAAGUGCACUUGGCGAAUGUGUCGAAAGCAGUGGGUGAUCUCGAAGAGCAGACCCGCCAGAAGAACGCCCUGCGCACCUGGAUAAAUCAGCAACGAGCCUCCUGCGCAGAGUGGAAAUCUCGACCAGCAAAAUUGCGAGCAGAAGCAGCUCAGGCUGAGCUGCAGGCGAUGAAUGACGUCCUGACGAGUGUAGCAGAUCGAAGAUCUCGGGUUUUGACGGAAAUGAAUCUGAGGACGGAUGGUCAAGACGAUGAUAUCGAAGAAGGCCUCAACAAACUUGAGUCAGAACUCCUAGAGGCAAUCGCUGACAAGCAAUCCACCCAGGAUUUGAUACAAAAAUACAGAUCCCAGGUUCAUGAUAUUCAGAAUUGGUUCGAUUCACUCGCGAAGAAGGUGGACGUAAUCGAGAAGGGCAACGGUUUGAAUAUAGGUCAGAAGAUCUCAGCUGUCAAGAACAUCACCUCAGAGUUCGAGAGUCAAGCGCCACGGCGACUGGAGGAAGUCAAGAACUUCGCGGAUCAAGUGAUUGAUUCCGUCAGUAAUCUGGAUUCACAGCAGAUAGAGGAGCAAAUUAAAUCGGUCGAGCGUAGAUACGCUGACAUUGGAAAGAAGCUCCAAAGGAAAUCUCAAGUUCUGGACAUGACAGCUCAGGGAAUCGAAGCAACACGAAAAGAGAUCGAGGAUAACCGAGAGUGGAUCAGCCAGAAGAAGCAACAAGCUAGAGUUCGUGAACUCCUCGGUUACGAGGUUAAGCCCGCCGAUGAUCGAGUACAAUCGCUCAAAGCGAUGCUCAAAGAAGCUGAGAACAAGCAAAUCGUUAUCGAUACAUUAGAGAAACGAGUUGGCAAUAUGCAGAAUGAACUUGAAGUGUCAGAGCAACAGGAACUCGAGUCAAGCACUAGAUCAUUGCGUGGUGAGCAGGCCGAGCUGUGCUCAAUCCUCAGGGAAGAGAUAUCUGGUGCGACAGCUGCGUCUGAUGCGCGGAAAAAACUCGAGGCCGAUCUUGAUCGUGCAAAGCUCUGGAUUCGGGCGACACACAAUGACCUGAAGAAGCUAAGUGGUUAUCUUCCAUUGAGGAGUUUCAAAGUGGAACAGGAUAUUGCCCAGCAUAAUGGAAUUGAUUCAGAAAUCUCCGCCUUCAGCGAGCACAGCAUGAAGAACGUGUUAAAACACGCCAACUCGUUGAUGCGUGACUGCAACGAUCAAGAUCGAUCUAAACUUCAAUCGAUCAUCAAUGCACUGAGCGAUGAUUACGACGCCCUUAAACAAGAGGCUGCAGAAAAACAGGCGUCAUUGGUAGAUCUUCUUCAGGGGCGAAAGGCAUUUGAGAGUGAAAUCGAUCGCUGCCAGCGUUGGAUCAAAGAAGCUGAGACUGCAACCUCGUCAGACGUCAGAACAUCUAGUGUUGAUGUUCUUCGUGAACAAUUAGCCAAGUACGAUCGGCUUAAGGACGAGGCAAAAUCAUUCGGCGAUGAUGUCGAGAAGAUCCUGCAACAGGGAAAAUCAAUCCUUCCUACUGUCAGUGAUGCAGACAAAUUGGAAUUGAGUGAUCAAUUGAAGAGCAUGAAGGACGCACACUCCAGAGUUGCUGCUAUCAUCAAUGAGAGAGCGAGCACUCUGCAGAAGAGUAUCGCUGAUGCUGAGGAAGCUGCAGCACGAGUUGCUGAAGCUGUGCGAUUCAUGUCGGAUAUUCAGAAGCAAUUGCAGGAUUUGAAUAAACCGAUUGGACCGAGGGUGGAAGACGUCGAGGGUAUGUUGACAGCUUAUGAGAAGAUUCUCGGUGAUCUCAAGGCGAAUAAGGAGAAGCUCUCGGAUUUGCAGUCAGCUAAUGUCGGUGAUCUCCAUGGGGUUGUCGCUCAGCAGGAUGAUCUAAUUCGUGCAAUGGAGGGACAAAUAUCGAAAUUGAGACAGCUUCUGCUACUUCGACAGCAAUUCCUCGCCCUUGUCGCGGAGAUAACGACAUUUAUCGCCAAGUAUACAGAAAUUGUGAGGGAUAUUGAGAAGCAGGAGCAGCCGAUUGAGGAGAAAAUCAAACGAUACGACGACGUCAUCUCCAAGAUCCAGGAGUGCGAGGCUACAUUGGCUAGUGCAACGGAUAAAGGACAGCAGAUUGCUGCUGAUGGAUCUGCAGUGGAUCGGAAUAAUAUCACUGAGCAAUUGGGAUCGUUGAAGCAACAGCUUCAGUGUCUCAGACGAGCUGUUGAGAUGCAGAGGGAUCAGCAUGAAUUGACUGUUGCUGAGCACAAGCGUUUGGCUGAUGAACUCUCAGACAUUCUCGAUGGAAUGGACACGAGGGAGAAGCUGGUGAAGUCACGACCGUUGUUGGAGAGAUCGGCUGUGAGUGUCGAGGACGAGAUCAGGAAGCAUAAAGACCUCUGCGAAUCUGUUAAUGAAUAUCUCGAAAGGAUUCGGGGGCUCAAGGCGUCUGUAAAACACGAGGAGAGCAUGCCUGGAUCGUUGAAGGAGAUGUUGAGCGAGGCGAUGUCCUUGCUCUCGUCUCUACCCAGAGAAAUGGAAGAUCGUGGCGUUUAUCUGGAGAGCAAUCACCAAAUGCGGUUGGACUAUGGAGUGCUGACGGAAAAAUUGCAUAAUUGGGUGAGAGAAGCGGAGAUCAGACUGCAGAGUGAUAAAGAUGGAGUUGAUUUUGAGAAUAUUGUCAGUGAUCUUGAGGAGCACAAGAUAUACUUCAGCUCGGAGUCGUCAAUUCGUGAGCUAGUGUCUCAGCAGAUUCAGCAGUCAGCUGACAAAAUUUGGCCGUCACUCACCAGUGCAGAGCAGGAGGAAUUGAGUCUUGAGCAGCAGCAGCACACGCAACUCCUGAAGAAUACUUUGAAUACAGCAAAGUCACAUCGUGCCAGACUGGAACAAGCCGCUGACAGCUGGAGGGACUACACCCAAACUUUGGAGCGUGUGAAAGCUGUUAUAGCCAGGACUAGAUUCACUGACGAACCUGUCACGACUCUCGCUGGACUUCAGUUCAAUAUCCAGAAGAUCACACAUGCACUCAACGACAUUCAGAAUCAACAGUUCGAGUUGGAUCUGUUGAAUGAGCGUGGCCAGGAGGUGUUGGGUGUUGCUGAUGCCAAUAAUCAUCGGAAUAUUGAAGCUCAGUUGGCUGAGUCCAAUGCUGAGUGGCGGGAGCUUGUGUCUGGGUUGGAAGGACGCAGAGAUGCCCUGGAGGCACUCUCAAAACAUUGGGAGGAGCUUGAGGCUAGGUGGAGUCAUACUGAAACCAGACUAACAGCUAUUGAGGAGAGGAGCAAGCUCGUGGAUACCGUUGUCAGAUCCAAACAGCAUAUUAGAGAUACCAUCAAGAUUCUUGAUGAACUUGUGGUUGAAGCUGAAAAACUGGAACCUGUGACUGAAGAAGUUAAGGGCCUCACGGGCCCAGUACUGGCGUAUCUCGCUGCAUUCACAGAUGCACCAGCACGUGCUCUCCAGGAGCGACUGGACAAACUCGAGAAGUCAUCGGCAAUGCUUGUCACGUCUCUCCGUUCAAAAUCGGAAAAAGCGAGAGGAGACUUGAAAUCCUUCGAGGAAGACGAGAGAGAAGUGCAAAAUCUUGAGAAUCGUCUGGAAGAGCUUCACCAGAGAAUUGUUAUCUUCUACGUAUUUGGAUCAGACCAAGAGGACAUUGAGAAUUCGAUAGUUCACAUCAGGGAGAGUCUUAUCGAGCUCGUCGACAGGGUGAAGAGGUUCUCCGGUAGCACUAAGGCGCGGUACCAAACAACCCAACAGCUGAUACCAAGUGAUCUAGGACAACAGUUGACGUCAUUGGAGCUAAACGCUGAGAGUGCAGUGCUCGCGAUGGAGGAUAAGCAGAGAGAUCAGAAGAGAGCGAGAACGAUAAGGAGUGAUUAUUUGUCAGAUGUUGAUGAGCUUCAGGCAUGGAUACGUCAGGCUGAGCUGAAGGUCCAGGACAGAUCAAUUGAGCCGAUAAAACUCAGGGAAUCACUGAGACAGAUUCAGUCUGAGCUCACAGCAAUGUCUGACAAAUUGGAGAGAUUGACGAAGAAUGGACAGACCAUCGUCGAGAAUACAAGAGACGACGAGGAGCGCGACCUGAUCCGCAAGACUAUUUCAAAUUUGACUGAGCAAUUGGGACAGAUCAGGUCCUGGCUUGAGGAGAAGAAACAGCAGGUCGGUGAUACCCUCGAUGCCUGGCAGAGAUUUCUCGCUCUCCACGAGGCUGUCAGGGCGUGGACCCAGGAGAAGAGAAUUUUCCUUGAGGAACCUCUCAGACUCACGUCACUCGUUCAAACUAGACAGCGACUUCACGACUAUUCGACUGCUGUCAAGAGCUGCAAGCAAGUCAAUAAAAAUCUGAGUGACAUGGGUAAGGAGUUGGAGCUGAUAGGUCAAUUUACGAGCGUUGGAGAUCUGCCAGAGAAAUUAACAAUUGCUGAAGAAGCCAAAGUCGAGGUUGAGGGUCAAUUGUUACAGAGGAAUGCGUUGCUACAAGAGGCGAGCGAGGAGUGGGAUCAGUGUGAGAAAAAAUUGAAGGAUGCCAAGUGUUGGCUUGAUAAAGCGAGACAAAAUUUAGAAUCACCCCAGAACAAGAAGAAACCGCUGAGGGAUCAGCAUGCCAUCAGAGAAAAAAUGCUGAGCGAUAUUGUCAUUCAGAAAACAAAAAUAGGAAUGUCAGUGGAGAAGCUGGAGGUGCAUUUCAAAUCUGGUCUAGUCGCAGACACUAAAAUCAAUGACAAUGCCGAUGAUAUCGUCAGCGAAUUGAGUGCUCUCAAUGAAAUCGUUAAGGAACAAGCGACUUCUUUAGAGAGCUGUCUUGUACAGAUCGAUCAGUAUCAGCAGGAUAUACAGCAACUGAGACAUCAAAUUGUUCAAGUUGAACAGCAACUGCGAUCCGCACUCAGUCCAACUCAUCUACCUAAUGAUCGUGAGACUGCAAUGCAGGAGCAACAGGAGUCGUUGGAGGGUGAUAUUCGUGAUCUCAGGGUGGCUGUUAACGGAUUGGAAGAGACACUCGGAAAUUUACCGAGGGAUAGCCUGGAGAAGAUGCUGUUGACACUCGUGAGUAUUCAGGGAGAUCUUCAGAUUCACGAUCAAGUUGGUACGAAGCUCCAGGAGGAACUCAGCAAGGUCCAUCCGAGUGCUAAUACCCAGGAACUUGCCGCUCUGUUGGCUGGAAUUCGCACGAGAAUUGUUGCUCUGCUGUCUCAGGUGGACCAGGGGAGGAUGACCCUGGAGAGGGCACAGGUGGAUCAGGCAAGAAGAGAGGAGGAAGUUCUCCAGUAUAAAAAAUUUCUGGAUGAGACUGACGUCUGGUUGAGAGCACUGAUAAUGUCAUUCAGUCAAAGACACACGUUUGAGUCGUACAAGGCACUUCAGGACGAAUUAACGAGCAAAGCAGAUCGAGUAUCUAAACUGGAAACUCUUCCGGAAGUUAAUGCACUGGCAAAAGGACUGAGGGAUGCCCUCAUGGAGAUGAAGAAUAAAAUAUUUGAAAGGCAGAAGGAACUGGAGGGCGAACUCCUCGACAACGAGGACGCGACGAUAGAUCAGGCCCCGUCGAUCCAGGACUCGCCGUCCUGGGCUGACGUCUCCUUGCAAACAGGUCAGAGCCUCGCAGGUGAGGCACCAGCUCAGCUGACGAAGGAGACGUCAACCUCUCAGAUCAUCGGCCAAGGGCCUGAAGUCCAGGAGAGUAUAAAGGUCCGAAAAACAGCUGAUGAUACUCACGACGUCCUGGAGAUCGCCACGAGGAAUAUUACAUCGAGAGUCGAGAGGAAGGAUCUGGUGGUGGACAUGAAGUAUCAGGACGCCAAGCAGGAGCAAUCAGCGACUUCUGAAUUGAAUAUUCAGCAUGCACCACCUCAGGCAUUUGAGACAGUCGUCGUGGAGCCUGAUGACGUGACAACUGAAGUUGUCGUCGACGCCGAUGGCACGAGGAGAAUAAUCGUGCGAAAAUUGAAGAGAACUCAUCAGGUGUCAGGUGGAGUCAAGACAUUUUCAGAAGCUACGAUGAGAGGCCAACAAAUCACCCUGAGUCGAGUGACACCAGAUGGCGACCUUGAGAUAUCCACGAAGAAGACGUACGGUGGAAAAGUGACGACUGGAGCUGCCCAGGAAUUCGAGACCGAGCCUCAAUUCAGUCAAUCUGUCAUCCGGGGAGAACUGGAGGACAUCGGACCCGAGGGGCUGCCCUCCCCCGGGGAGUACCAAACGAAAACCUCAACUGUUCACGCCCUGGUCCAGCAAGUCACCAGAAGAGUCAUUAAGAAGACGAGAAGAAUUAUUCGGAAGGUGACGAUUAUCGAUGGAAAGGAGACGACCUCUGAAGAAGUUAUUGAAGAACCUGAAGAGGUGGAAAUCGAUGAUCAGGACAUUCCGUACAUCAGUAUCAACGUCAUGAAAGAGGAGAAGACUCUCCCAGGAGAUGAUGUACAGGGAGAAGAAUUAUUUGCGCCUGAAUCACGUCCAGAGGAUGAUGUACAAGAAGUCAAACCUGAAGCCGAAAAAAUGGAAGAUGAAUUGAUUGAAGAGUCACAAGUUGAAGAAAAAAUACAAUCCUCUGGAGUGGAACCGACGGAUAAAGUGAAAAUAGAAGAAACGGAAGAAAUAUCGGCAGUAAUUGGAGAAGAACCGCGGAGUUCUCCCCCAGGGGGGACUGAGGAAGUGAGAGAUGAGGAAAUAAUAAAGGAGUCUGAGUCCUUUGGAGGUGACCCUAAAUCAAUUGAGAGCCCUGAAUCCUCAGGACAACCCGAGAGGCUCGAUAAUACAGAUGCCCCUGAAGAUGAGCAACACCCAGAGUCCACUUGUAAGUCAUUCGAUGCACCAGUAAAGAUCGAAACACCGGGUAUCGAAGUAGAGACUGGCACGUUAGAUGUAGCUAAGCACCAGAGUAGCAUCACCGUAGAAUCUGUUGAUGUGAUCGGUUUAAUUGUCCCAGAGGAUGAGUCCAGAGGGGAUGAACGAGAUCCAGGGGCCACGGGACAAUCGGAAAAUCUGUGGGAGGAGCCAGCACACGAGGGAUCACAAAGUCCACCAGGUGAUGUCCAUCGGAUUAUCGAAGAAAAGAUUAAAGAUACAGCAAUCAAGCCUGAAGGUCAUCCCCAGGAGGCAGAAAAAUCUGUCGUCGAAAGGGUUGAGAUUUCUCUGUCGAUCAAGAAAGAAUCGGAGAGUCCUGAGGCCUCUGUGUCACUCCGGACUACGGCAGAACGUCCAGAGGACGAGUAUCUCAUUACGAAGGAAGAAAUUAAAAUGGAAUUACCGGAGACUGAGACAAUUUACAACGUCAUCACCGAGAGGGCUGGACCCCCAGUGGAUCAGGUUGGAAAGAGUGAAUCGGAGACGACAGCGAGUAGAAAGAGUAGAAAAAAGAAGAAACGUGGAGAGUCCUUGGAGAAGGCGUCUGAGUCGGACACUUCGAUCGCAACGACUUUAGGUGAAUCCACGGAUAUAAAUCUUCCUUUAUCGGAAUCACCUAGGCAACCGAGCGAACAACCUCAACCCGAUGUUCUAGAGCUCACGGAAACAUCUCUGACGUUAUCCAGUCAUCAAGAGGAUACCCUGGAGAUCGGAUACGAACCGGAGGGUACGACGACUGUGGAGGAGGUGUCAUUGACCCACGAGGAUAGGAGUAAAAAGAAGAAGAAGAAGAAGAAGAGGCUGAAGGAUAGGGAAAUGGUGGAUGAUGAGGAGAAGAGAUCUAGGAUUAUUUCUUCGGCGGUCGAAGUCGAUACUCAGACGGUCCUGGAGACUAGGGACGUGUCCAUAGCUCCUGAGGAAGUCCCUGAAGAAAUCCCUGAAGAAAUCCCUGAAGAAAUUCCAGAGGUAAUUCUCGAGGACAGGCAGAUCCGAAAGGAAGAAGUUCACACAGAGAUUCAGACAUCUCCCACGCCAGUUCUGGACUCUGGAAUUCAGACCACAGAAGUUUUGAGGAUUUCAGAGAGAGAAGAGUGUUCUAUUCAGACAAUGACACCAGAGCCAACUCCGAGGGAAGAGGGAAGUGUCCAGACGAGUCCAAUAGCGAUGGAACGAGGGAUGGAUCAGGUGGAAGUUCAUCCAGAAAAGGAGACUGGGGAGAUAGAAGUGCAGACGACAGUCGAGGUCAACACCUCGGGCAUCCAGACAUCUCCGGUCGAGGUUAUAAUGACGGAAAUUGAUACCCAGACAUCUCCGGAUACGGAUGCACCUCUGAAGGAAUUACUCGAUGCAGAACAGCAGACAACCCCUCCUCGCGAGGAUACACCUGGAUUUAAUCUGGAGGACACGUCCAUGCAAACUUCUACCCCGGAGACCACUGAAGUGGACGUACAAACAAUUUCGGUGGCACCUGAUACCCAACACCAGGUGCCAGCCAAUUUGAUCGAACCAAUUGUUGUUGCAACCAUGGAAACGCAAACUAGUCCCGAAGAUACACCGCGCAUCUCCCACCAGGAAAUCGAAGUUCAAACUAAAAGUCCAGAGCCAAUGGUCGAGUCAGUGAUACAAACGAGUCCUGAACCAGAGAUUCAGGGAUUAGAAUUCCCCCUGGAGAUAAUUAAUCCGAGUGAACAGACGAGUCUGGAGGUAAAAGUUAUAACAGCUGAGGAGGAGGUGCAGACCUUGAGUCCCGAACCCAAAGAAACGGCGGAUUCAUUAAUUCAAAUCGAGAGAGGAGAACUGAUCCUCACGAAGGAAGAGAGCAUUCAGAUAAUACCGGAAACAGCAGAGAUAAGUCUCCAGACAUCUGAGGAUAACCCUGAGGAGGAAAUUCGUGGAGUCGUUGAAGACACUGAGAAGAUCUCGGUGUCACAGCAGGUGACUGUCGAUUUAACUGACAAUUUUACAAUGCCUGAAGCCAAGAAUUUGGGAAUUGAUAGAGGCAUUUCACCGAUACCUGAGGGCUCUCCAGCAGAUUCUUCAGCAAUUCCAUUAAUUUCUCCAACAGAGCAAUCCCCUGACGUAAUUGCCACUAAAGAGGAGCCGAUUGAGGAACCAAUUGAAAAAGAAGAUCCGGAAUCAUCGCAAAAGGGCAAACCGUUGAUCCCUACCCCAGUUCCAUCAGAAAAAAACUCCACCGAGACAUCCCUGGAGAUUCACGUGCAUGCAACCAUCGAUCUUAGCUCUUAUCCAAGUGAAUCAACUGAUACGACUCACGAUACGACAAUUACCGAUGAAUUCAGUGAACCCGUGUCGAUCGAUACCGAGGAGAAAUUCCGGAAGCGCAAGAAAAAGAAGAAAAAAUCAAAACCACCAAGAGCCGAGGAAAUUCAUGAUUCAAAGCCGAAAGACCUUGAGUCAAUUUUUGGACAGGCGAUGUCAUCAGGAACGACUGAAAUGAAGCUUUCGUACUCGGACGUAGCGCGAAAAGGCUCUCACGAUUCGGAGCCUGAAGAGGAUGUCGUGGGGAUCAUCUCCUCGGAUUUGAAACUGAAAGGAUACGAGCAGUACCAGAAGCGAGAGAAGAGAUCGAAGGAGAUCGGUCUUAGAGUAGAGUUUGAGGACCCGGGGAAUGGGGAAGAGUUGAGAAUACGAGAGACACUGAUUGGAAGGGCUCCAGGUGGGGACAGAGUUCAGGUGACGAUGGGGAUGACUGAGAUGAAUGCCAGGGGCGUCUUACCAGGAGAAAUUAGCAUGGAGACACCGGAGGAGCCGAUGGACACGUCGGAGGAGCCGAUUUCUCCCAUGGAAUCGGUCCUAGAGAGAGAGGAUGUCCUGGAGGCAGUUCAGGCAUUCAGACCUCAGAUCGCUCGACGAACGCAGAUCACCCGGAUGAUGUCAGAUCGUCUGAAUAAUCUCCAGAAUGCAAAACACACGAGUUUUCUGGGUAAUAUCCUUCACAUGGCUGGUCUCGAGGAUGUCUCUGGGGAAUCAUGUGUGCCUGACGUUCAGAAUCAGCUGACGCACCUGGAAACAGCUGUUGAUGAGGAAAAUAUUGUGGUCGUCGAGGAGACGAUUGUCACGAUCAUCGAGAUCAUCUCCACGUGGCUGGAGACGAUCGAGUACCGAGUGUUCUUGGGGAGAAAUACGGGUGGGGGCACCAAUGACGACAGAAAAAUCAAGGAAUUGCAGGAUGAAGUCCAUCAGGUUGACGAUUCCUUGAGGCAGUUGGAUCGGAUGCUGAGGAGAGUCGAGCCGAAUUAUCCGGAGGAGGAGAGGGAGAGGAUCAGAGAGUGUGUGGAGGCAUUAGAGAGUCAGGUGAAGGCCAUUGAGCAUGUGGUGAUGGACGAGGAGAGGCUCACGAGCUCUGAGCUCUCUAGGUGGGAGGAAUUCCUGAAUGGAGUGGAGACAAUGAUGAAAUUGGUGAGGGAACAUCAGGAGGAGUUCGAUGGAAUUGUCCAGGAGGUGGGGUCCACAAUCUGGAAGCUUCAGGAACUCGACAGAUUGGAGAACAUAAACAGGAAUCAUUUGUGGAGGACUAGCAGUCUUAUGGCAGCUGCCAAGAGGAUGAUGAGGGAUUAUCCUGGAAAAAUCAUACCAGAGGAGAUCUUUGAGGCCCAUGAUAUCCUCCAAGAUAUCGAGCAUGGUAUCAAUCUCGAAAGGGAUCGAUUGAUUCAGCUGCUGUCACUCGCUGAGGAGUACGAACAGACGCUCCAGGAGUUCGCCCAGAUAACAGACGUCGCUGAAGAACUCCUCGCUGGUCCCAUCUCGGUUCUCAGUUUGGAGCACCUCAGAGAGGAAAUGCAGAAGCACAGGAAGUUCUUCGUGAAUCUUAAUCAUUGUCGGGCAAUUCUCGAGAGCCUCGAGGGCAAUCUUGAUCCUGAAACACGGGAAAAACACUCUGGACUCCACGAGGAGCUCCAUACGAGGGCGAAUAAUCUCCUGGACCGAGCAGCUUCCAAGGCGCAACAGAUGGCACUCGCUGCCUCCAGGUGGAUGAUGCUGGAGCAGGGGGUGAAGGAGGAGAGGGGUUGGAUGGGGGUUGCCCAUCAGAGAGUGCCCGAUUUGAGUGCUGUCACUUCCUCGGAUUAUCAUCAAUACAUCUCUCUUUAUCAGACACUAUCGUCAGAUAUCGCUGGGCAUAAAGCUCGAUUGAUUCAACUACUGAACAUCGCGAGUGGACUUGAAGAGCUGAUAACCAUCGAGGAUCCAGACGAUCGGUAUUCUGAUGCACUGGAUGUUGUAGCGAGACUCCAGGAUAACGUGGACUCGUCUCUGAGGUAUCUCUUGGGUUUCAAGGAGAGUUGGUGCAAUCGAGAAUUACUGGUAAAUCGUCUGGAGAACUGGAUGGCCAGAGCUGAGCGAGAGCUUGGAUCUGUCCAGAAUCAGUGGGAAGGACAGAUGCGACAAUUCUGGGAAUUGAAAGCUCAAUACGAAGUGCACAACAACAUGAGAACAGAAUCGAACGUGUGCUUCGAGCAAGCCCUGAGAAUAAUUCCCCUCGCCGAUGAGAUGGUGCAACGUCAGUUCCAGGGAGAGCUCCAGGAUCGAUGGCACUCGAUAGCCAAUCGAAUAAAUUCCAUCCAAAAAUCGAUAGCCGAUACGAUAUCCUCGGAGGAGACUCCAGUGGAUGAGAAACUUCGGUUGCUGGAGCGAGAGCUCAAUGAGCUCAGGGUAACGAUCGAUGGGUUCCAUGGGGUUCUCAAGACUGAGGAGGAGCUCGAGUUGUACGUGGAGAGGCUGUCCGUCAUGUUUGAGAGAGUCUGCUUGAUUCAGGAUGAGUUGGGACGAUUGGGAAUGCUUCCAGCGGCUGAGAGUGAGAGGGUGGGAAUUUUAUUGGCAACUGCUAGGAGAAUUGAGAGUCAGAUUGGAGAAGAGGUGGAUGCUGCUCAGUUGAUGGGAGAACGUCUUAAGGCACUGCAGAGGGGUCUUCAGAGGGUCAGGAAAGCGCAUACCAGGCAGUCCCUCGUUCUGGACCAGUGCGAGGGCUGCGAGAGCCAGGGAAGUGAUGUUGUCGCUGGUGGUGUCGACAGGUGUCAGCAAGUUGGAUCUGAACUCGAGGUUAUCUGGAAGGAGAUCAUGUCCCUCAGGCAGCUUUUGCAUACUCUUCCAGGAGGUAUGAGAGUCUCCAUAUCGGCUGUGGGAAUCGAGAGGGACAUCUCGAAUCUCCAGGACGUGCACUCGGAGCUCGAGUCCAGGUGUGCGAGACUCCUCGCGUUGUUGAAGAACAAACUAGCCCUUUGGAGGAGAUUUGAGAGACAACUGGAAUUAGUCCAGCAGUCUGUCCAGGAAGCUGACUACAUGAUGGAGUUGUUGACUGUUCAGGGAACUGUCGAUUACGAGAGAUUGCUGAAGGCCACGGAGAGGCUGGAGGGAUUGAAUGGUGAUUUGGGUGCUCGUGAGGUGCUCAUUGGAGAACUUGGUGAGGCAGCUGAGCCCCUCCGGGAGAGCUGCACCCCAGAGGUCGGUGAGAGGGUUGAUGCAGCAGUGAAUGAAGCUGUCCAAGCCUGGGAGGACACAAGAGCUGAAUUGGAUGCACUCUGCACGAAGUAUCAACGUGCAGUGAGACUCUGGGAGCAAUACCGAGAGGCAAGUGCUGCUGUCAAGGACUUUGUCGAUACACAAAUGGGAAGUGUCACCAAUUUACCACCUGAAGAGGCAAUUAAGCAAGUCAAGGUCUGCGAGGAAACCCUCGCCGAUCACAAAGAGAGACUUGCAGAGUUGAGGGGUUUGGUGGCACAAAUAGCAUCUGAUGUUGGUCUCGAUGGUGAUGGACCACUUCACAGCGAGGUCGAGGCACUGGGAAGAAGACUGGAAGAUGUCAGAGAGACACUAUCCACUCUUGCUGAUACUGCUGAUGCUAGGGCACUCAAUAAAGAGCUAGCACGUGGAGAUCUCUGCCAGACCAAGAACUUCUUGGAUUCUGUUCAGCAGAGUCUGACGACAAUUCCACAAGGUGAGUCCAAGGAGCAGCUGAAUAUACUGAGGAAGCACCUGUUGGCGUUGACGAAGACGGAGCCCCAGUUGCAGUCGAUAAAGGAGCGGACCCUGGAGAUAGCCCAGGAGCCGUCAGUGGUUGAGGUGCUCCAGCUGUGGCAGAGGGUUUUCCGUGAGACAUUCCAGCAGUACCACAGGUUGUCAGCUCGAUUAGUGAGGACUGAGGAUGUAUCAGCAGCUCUUCGUCUCUGGCAGGAGUACCUGUCCCACGUCCAGGAGUUCCUAUCGAGUGAUCCACCGGGUGAUUACAACGGGCUGUCGGAGCACAGAAAUCUCUGCGAGGUUCACAAGAACCUUCUGACCGAUCAGCAACACCUCAUCCUCUCGAUUCGAGCUGAAAAGGGUCGUGACUUGUCAGUGGCUGAACAGUUCAAUGCCCUCACGAAUAUCCACAAUGAAACCCUCUCCAAGAUCAUGGACAGACAUGCAUCGGUUCGAGACAGACUCGAUGCCUGGGACAAAUACAGAGAGGAUCUCAACAAACUCCUCGCCUGGUUGAAGGACAUCGAACGAGAAAAGAGUCGUCUUCAGCUUCGAUUUAUUCACCUGCGACGGCUCGACAAAAUCAUAACAAAAAUUGAGGCUCUCAUUGAGCGGCUACCAGGUGGCGAGUCCCAGGUGGAUUCACUCUCAGAUCAGCAGGAGGCACUUCUCGCUGAUUGUGAGGAAGCCCUGGCUGUCUCUGUGAGGAUGGAACACGCAGCUAAUGUCCAGAGGGUAAACAAUGUUCGUGCUAGUCUUGAGACGUGGAAGGAUUUUGUCAUCAGGAUAAGGAAUCUCAAUGCCAAGCAUGUGGAGCAGACGUCUGUUAUCACGAAGAUCUUCAUGGAGAUAAGUCAGUCGUUGUCUUCAGCUUUUCAUGCAGCGCCUGGAAGUAUUUUGCAGGCGAGGGAACAGUUGGAUUCUCUGAGUCAAUUCAGGGUGAAACUCAUUCAUGUGACGACGGAUUUGGAGAACCUGGGGGUCACCACUGAGCAGUUGAGGGAGUGUCUCAGUCCCUCUGACAUGAAGAAUCUCAAUCAGCAUGUGUCAUUGCUGUGGCAGCAGCAUGGUGACCUUGAGCAUCAGCUGGCACUCCUGGCAUACAGGCUGGGUGAAAGGGUGGGUCUGAGGGGAAAGUGGGAGAAGAGAUUGUCCAGGUUUUUGAUAUGGCUGACGGAUGCUGAGAUUAGAAUUCACAGCUGUGACUCUGGGUUGGAGGAACCUGAAGAGGCACUCAGAAGACUCGAGGGAGAGCUUCAUGCAGAGAUGGCCUUGAAGCAGAGAGAGCUCGACUGGUUGCAGUCGACUGGUGAAGAACUCGUGCAGAUGGCGGAGUCAGGUGAGAGGGAGAAACUCAAGAACUCUCUGGAGGAUGUCCUUGAUCGCUGGGGGAGACUGAUGAAUGCUGGAAAAGCAAGGGCGAAUAAACUUGUGGAUCUCAUGCAGACGAUGAAUUCUUUGGAGAAGAGGAUAGCUGAGAUCAGGGCGUGGCUUGGAAGAGUCGAGAUGCAAUUGACGGAGCCCUUCAUCGUUGAAUCCAAAACCCAGGAGACCAUAAAUAAAAAAUUAAAGGAUCACGAGCACCUGCAAAAGACCAUCGAGGCUGAAAGUGGAAAUAUCGGGGAAGUAUUUAAUCUCUGUGAGAUUCUUUUGAGUGACUGCGAUGCCUGGAAGACGUCUUUCAAUACUGAAGCCAUUAAAUCUGGCAUGCAGGGGCUGGAAAAAAGGUGGAAGGCGACUUGUGUGAGAUCUGCUGAGAAAAAACGAAGGAUUAUGAGUGCGUGGAAGAUUAUCCAGGAUUUGGACAGAAUUGAGAUUGACCAGAAGAUUUGGAUUGAUGAGGUCGAAGGUGAGCUCAGCUCGAUGGAGGAGACACUGGACAAGGUAUCCAAAGAGGACUCUGAGAUGACUAUGAACAGGGCCAGAAGAGUUAUCAAGGACAUCGAUGCUCACAGGCCUGCUCUCCAGAUAUUGGAGCAGAGUUACGGUAGAUUAGCGAAGGGGGGAAUUGAACCGGAGAAUCUGAGAAAUCUUACGACUGGUGUCAGGGUAAUCCUGGACAGGUGGCAUGGACUCAAGCCCAGGGGCAAUGCAAUUGUCAGUGCACUCCAAAGAGAGCAGAAGGCGUAUCGAGAGUUCAUUACAGCUCAUGGCUCUGCUGUCGUUGGACUGACGCAGAUUGACGUGAGAUUGACGCAGGUACAGCAUCUCAUGAGCGAUCAAAUGAGCAAUUCCAGGAGAAGACUGGGAGAGGUGGGGGAGAUUGAGAGGGAGUUGGAAGUUAUGAGUGGAACUCUGGAAAGGGCUGAUCAGCUGGCACUUGGUGUUAUGAGGGACUGUCAUCCUGAGGACGUGCAGGCGGUCCAGGAGCUCGUCGAUGAGUAUCAGCUAUUGUGGCAGGAUAUCAAGAGUCGAGUUCUCAGACUCAAGAGCGAACUGGAGACCGACAGGGGUGAAGUUGAUGAGGCUGUGCAGGUGGAGACUCUUAAGUUCGAGCAGGACUCAGCAGUCCAGGUUGAUACUCUUCCCAGACUCAUCAGAAUGACAUCCUGUGACGCUUAUUUGAUGGAGCUUGAGGCAGCUAUUGACGAGUGCAGGGGCGCCAUUGAGGGCCUCGAAGAUGCUGUGGCUGUGGAACCUGUGGCUGGGCCUGGAUUGGCUGCUGCUGGAAAAAAUAUUGGAAAACUCAUCGCAAGCUGUCAGUCAUCUGUCGAACUUGCUAGGCAUUUGCAUGGACUUCUCGUUCAGGAUGAUAAAUUCGAUCAUGAGACUGCCAGGGGGAGGGAAGUCGAGGCGCUGGGAAUGAGGUACAGUGAGCUCCUGAAGAGGGCCAGAGAGAGGGAGCAGCAGAUCAGGGAUAUCAGGUCGCCAAUUGUCGAUUCUUACACAAUGCCAUGUGAACAUGAUGGGGGAAGAUUGACCUGUCCCCUCUGCUGUCGACGUAAUUGGGCGCAGCUGGACAUCGAUCUCUGGCGAUUGGAGAAAUGGUUGGAAUAUGCAGAAGGCACUCAGAGUGAACAGCAUUCGCCACCAGGUAACAUUGAGGAGCUGGAGGACAUAAUCCAGGAUCACAGGGAGUUCCUGCUGGAUCUGGACAGUCACAAGAGUAUAGUAGUGAGUCUAAAUAUUGUGGGGACACACCUGGCUGAUCACACAGAGGACGUGGAGAGGGCAGAGGAGUUGAGAAAUCGAUUGGCAGUUGCCAAUUCAAGGUGGGAGAAGGUCUGCCAGAGUGCAGCCAAGUGGCAGGAGGCCCUUCAGGGUGCCUUAAUGGGCAAUCAGCAGUUCCACAAAAUUGUAGACGAACUCGUAUGCUGGUUGGAGAAGACAGAGGCAUCAAUUCGUGCUUCCGAACCCAUUGAUUUGACUGAGAACACCAAUAUCAUCAGAUCGAAGUAUGAGAAGUUUAAGGAAUUGAGGAGUGAUUUGGAGAGGUGUGAACCAAGAGUUCUCUCUCUCCAGGAGGCUGCCAAUCAGCUGUUGGAGGAGCAUGUUGACACCAGGAGUCGACUCCAGGAGCUCAGGCUCAGGCUCCAGUCCUUGAGGAGACUCACUGGAAUUUAUGCUCUCAAAUUGGGCGCUGCAUUGGGGCUGGAUCCCAAGGAGGUGGGACUUGCAGCCACUACGUCGUCACUGGCUACUCUUUCUCAAGAUCUUCUCGAUGGAGCUUCAACGUCCUCAGGCCAGCCCCACGACGCAUCUUCAAUUGAUGGUGACGAACGAGAUCGUACGGUAUUGGUUCGUGGAUACCGUUUCUUAGGCCGUGUAUUAAGGGCUUCCCUACCGAUCCAAGCAUUGAUGCUACUUUUGCUUGGCGUUGCUUCGUUGGUACCCGCUGCCGAAGACGAUUACAGCUGUAUGCUAUCUAACAACUUUGCAAGAACAUUUACACCUGUAGUGGACUAUCCAAACGGCCCGCCACCCCUGUAAUUCCGAGAAUCCAAAACCGUGAGAAAUCAAGAAUUCCUCCAGAUGCAAUUCAAUCAGAAAGUAUUAAUUAUUUUUCAUACAUAAUUAUUUACUUUGACGAAAUGUCAAUUCCUCCAAAUGUAAAUAUCAAUACUCCACUGAACGAAAAAAAAAAAUGUGGAAAGCUCGAGAGUUCGUGAAUACCAGAAUGUCCCUUAAUUUAUUCAAUUAUUUUGUAUAUUGUGGUCUUUGUUGUUGUGCACAUGAUUAACUAAAAGAUUUUUUCGGUUUUCUCUGGAAAACUAUUUACUUGUGAUUGACCCAAAAGUUGUUCACUCCAUGAUUUUCUACUGGUGCUAUUCAGUGAUGGGUAACCGAAUCUAUCGAAACGAAUUUUCGAACGAUUUCGAAUCAAUAAAAAAAAAACGUUAGGAUUGCUCCCGUUGCGGGAAAUAUUGAGGAAUAAACGACUUAUUGCCGAAUAGUUACGCUUUCUAAUGGAGAUAUUAUCGCUUUAUGCACAGUGAGCUUGAUUAUGUAUUUUUAUAAGAAAGAGCUUAUACUUGGAUAUUAUUAUAAUAUAUUGCUAUGAAGAUUAA